GCCGAUAACUAACAAUGACCUAUUAAUUAUUUGACUUGAUCUAAGUACUCCAGGGAAACGGGAUAGCAUCUAGCACUUGUUAAAGGUUUGAUAACUAUCAAUUACUUAUUUUCUUCUGUCUACAGUAUAUGCUAGGGACCCUCAACCCAGAAUGUUGUGUUCCAUGGAGGGUUUAUUAAACUGUAGCAUGAUGGGUGAACAGAGCACGCAGCACGAGCUGGGGAGACCGACUCCAGACAAACGACAAGCAUGCCUCUCCUGAGACGCAUUGUUUCAGCAGCGGAAAGUAAUGGACCUUUUCGUUUCCUACCCCACUGCACAGAAGCCACCGUCCGGCCUUCCUAUCUGUAGCUAGGGAGGACAGGACGUGGCCUGGUGGAAGUGUCUGCUAAAACAGUGCUAAAAAGCCUUCCCUUAAAGGGAAGAUAUUGCUAACCAGUACAACCUACCGCUAUCAACACUUCCUCACUUUACUAUUGUGUGUGUGUGAUCCAUCUUGACACAACAUACAGUUGAAGUCGGAAGUUUACAUACACCUUAGCCAAAUACAUUUAAACUCAGUUUUUCACAAUUCCUGACAUUUAAUCAGAGUAAAAAUUCCCUGUCUUAGGUCAGUUAGGAUCGCCACUUUAUUUCAAGAAUGUGAAAUGUCAGAAUAAUAGUAGAGAGAAUUAUUUAUUUAAGCUUUUAUUUCUUUCAUCACAUUCCCAGUGGGUCAGAAGUUUACAUACACUCAAUUAGUAUUUGGUAGCAUUGCCUUUAAAUUGUUCAACUUGGGUCAAAUGUUUUGGGUAGCCUUCCACAAGCUUCCCACAAUAAGUUGGGUGAAUUCUGGCCCAUUCCUCCUGACAGAGCUGGUGUAACUGAGUCAGGUUUGUUGGCCUCCUUGCUCGCACACACUUUUUCAGUUCUGCCCACACAUUUUCUAUAGGAUUGCGAUCAGGGCUUUGUGAUGGCCACUCCAAUACCUUGAUUUUGUUGUCCUUAAGCCAUUUUGCCACAACUUUGGAAGUAUGCCUUGGGGUCAUUGUCCAUUUGGAAGACCCAUUUGCGACCAAGCUUUAACUUCCUGACUGAUGUCUUGAGAUGUUGCUUCAAUAUAUCCACAUAAUUUCCCCCCCUCAAGAUGCCAUCUAUUUUGUUAAGUGCACCAGUCCCUCCUGCAGCAAAGCACCCCCACAACAUGAUGCUGCCACCCCCGUGCUUCACGGUUGGGAUGGUGUUCUUCGGCUUGCAAGCCUCCCCCUUUUUCCUCCAAACAUAACGAUGGUCAUUAUGGCCAAACAGUUCUAUUUUUGUUUCAUCAGACGAGAGGACAUUUCUCAAAAAGUACGAUCUUUGUCCCCAUGUGCAGUUGCACACCGUAGUCUGGCUUUUUUUAUGGUGGUUUUGGAGCAGUGGCUUCUUCCUUGCUGAGCGGCCUUUCAGGUUAUGUCGAUAUAGGCCUCGUUUUACUGUGGAUAUAGAUACUUUUGUACCUGUUUCCUCCAGUAUCUUCACAAGGUCUUUUGCUGUUGUUCUGGGAUUGAUUUGCACUUUUCGCACCAAAGUACGUUCAUCUCUUGGAGACAGAAGGCGUCUCCUUCCUGAGCGGUAUGACAGCUGCGUGGUCCCAUGGUGUUUAUACUUACGUACUAUUGUUUGUACAGAUGUACAUGGUACCUUCAGGCGUUUGGAAAUUGCUCCCAAGGAUGAACCAGACUUGUGGAGGUCUACAAUUUUUUUCCGAGGUCUUGGCUGAUUUCUUUUGAUUUCCCCAUGAUGUCAAGCAAAGAGGCACUGAAGGUAGGCCUUGAAAUACAUCCACAGGUACACCUCCAGUGCACUCAAAUGAUGUCAAUUAGCCUAUCAGAAGCUUCUAAAGCCAUGACAUAAUUUUCUGGAAUUUUCCAAGCUGUUUAAAGGCACAGUCAACUUAGUGUAUGUAAACAUCUGACCCACUGGAAUUGUGAUAUAGUGAAUUAUAAGUGAAAUAAUCUGUCUGUAAACAAUUGUUGGGAAAAUUACUUGUGUCAUGCACAAAGUAUUGGUCAGAUGUUUAUUAAGUAUUAAGUUAAGUAUGGGUCAGAUGUCAGAUGUUAGAUGUUUGGGUAUGACGCUACAAGCUUGGCACACCUGUAUUUGAGGAGUUUCUCCCGUUAUUCUCUGCAGAUCCUCAAAGCGUUGUCAGAUUGGAUGUGGCGCGUCACUGCACAGCUAUUUUCAGGUCUCUCCAGAGAUGUUCGAUCUGGUUCAAGUCCGGGCUCUGGCUGGGCCACUCAAGGACAUUCAGAGACUUGUUCCACAGCUUGAGACUGUAGGCGUAUUGUGGCCUACCCUGUUCAUAACUAAACUACUAAUGUACGGGAAAUUCUAGGUCUCGUUUACACCCCCACCCUUAACCGUACCCACAGAAGCUUACAGUCCGCAUCGAAGAAUGGGGAGCCAUCCAGACCAUCGUAGUCAAAUUCCACUACCUUCUUGGGAAGGAGGAUGUUCUCUGUAAGGCAUCACAAUAUAGUUUGAAUAGUAUUUUAUUUACAGUACAUGGCACAACUUUACCAACUAGCUGCGGCUGGAUAGCCUCGGUGCUAGGUGGCGCGGUACUAAUUAGCCUAGUCGUUGGAAGGCUUGACUGUAUCUCCAUGAUGGCCCAAGUUGGACCAUCCUUGUUUUCAAAUGUAGAAACUUAUGGGCUUAAGGAUAUACCUUUCUCAUUCAUGGAUUUGACUUAGCUGUCCAGUUAGCUGUCCAGUUAGCUGUCCAGUUAGCUGUCCAGUUAGCUGUCCAGUUAGCUGUCCAGUUAGCUGUCCAGUUAGCUGUCCAGUUAGCUGUCCAGUUAGCUGUCCAGUUAGCUGUCCAGUUAGCUGUCCAGUUAGCUGUCCAGUUAGCUGUCCAGUUGUUUUGAACAUUGACUUGGGAAAUGGGAAUAAUUUGGAAUAAGUGCAAUAACCUAGGUAGUACAGUUAUCUUAACAGAAUUAAUGUGACCUGCUAAUGAAAAUGGGAAGAGACGACCAUCUUGUAAAAUACUUCUUUGUGCGCGCCAGGAGUGUUUUGAAGUUAUGUUUAAACAGAGCCUAAUGAGCUUGUGACCUUUAUUCCCAAGUAAGUAAAGACCUGAUGCUCCACCUUAAAUGGGAAAUUGGCAUACCCAAUUCCUUAUGCUAACUGAUUAAUGGGGAGGAGCACACUUUUUGUUAGGUUUAACUUAUAACCAUAGAAUGUCCAAGAGAUACGGUAUGGACUCCACAGGGUUAGAGAUGUAUAAAAGAAGAUCGUCUGCAUAUAAGGACACCUUGUGAGUUAAGUCGCCCCUUAGUAUUCCCUUAAACCUCUAGUCCACGCGCAGGCUGAUAGCAAAAGGCUCAAUAACCAUAUCAAAUAGGAAAGGGGAUAAACAGCAGCAGCAUUUGCAGGAAAGAUUGUCAAAUUCCGAUUGGUGUAGCAGUGUCUCUUUUUAGAGUUAAAGAGUCGGAGAAGAGGCAUAUCUGUUGUCCACAUCUAGAAUGAGUUGAGAUAGCUCUGAUAAGAUUUUAGUGCGUUUUUUUUGUCAUACGCUGUGUAUGAAAUCAUUUGGCCCCUUAGAUAUGCUUUUAAUGACUCCCACACAGUGAGACACGUCAGGGGUGCAGUUGAUCUGUAAAAAGACAUCAAUGUGAGUUGAUAUGUAUUUUUUAAAGGCACUAAAGGAUAGUAGUAGUGGGUGAAGUCGCCACGCGCGUUGUGAUACAGUACUGUCCAGAAAGUGGAUAUCUAGCAGGACAGGGCCAUGGUCUGAGAGAAUGAUGAUGUGAUAUUGUCUAUUAGUUUAAAAAGGAAGAAUUAUAUUUUCCAGCAGGAAAAAGUCAAUCCUAGAGUAUGAGUGGUGGACUGGAGUAAAAAGGAGUAUUGUUUAGCAGUGGGAUAGCUCCUCCUCCAUGGAUCAGACAAAUUAAAGGAUUCUAGAAUGAGUUGAUCACUGAACCUGAUUUAGAAAUGACAUUGUUGGGCUUCGGUCUGGAUCUGUCUAGACUUGGAUGUAAUACACAAUUGAAAUCUCCGCCCAAUAUCAAAUGAUAGAUAAGGUCGGGAAGUGUUGCGAUGAGGUAGGAGAAAAAUUGAGCUUCAUCUCAAUUAGGACCAUAGAGGUUAGCCAGAAUAACCUGUGUGCUAAACAAUUUCCCCAUUACUAUAACAUAUCUGUCAUUAGCAUCUGAAAUUACUUUGGAGGAGACACACCGUGCCUUUUCUGAUAAGGAUGGCUGCCCCUCUGGCUUUAGCACCAAAGUUUGAGUGAAAUAUUUGGUCUACCCAUCCUCUCUUUAGUUUAUCAUGGUCGCUGGACUGGAGAUGGGUCUCUUGGAGAAAUGUUAAAGACUUAAGAUAAGCAUACACUCGGCUAUGCUUGACCACAUGGUUAAUUCCUUUCAAGUUCCAGGUGAUAAAGCAUGUGGUGCCUGGAGUUUGUGAAUUAGGCAUAGUCAUAGUAAUCGUACUAACAUUCAUUUCUAAUCACAUGGCCAGUGUGCUGAAAAGGUCAGAGUAAUGAAAUAAAAAGAAAAACAAGAAAAUUCCCAGAAGAAAACCUUGGACCCCUAUGCUGGCCUUGCUGCAUCUACCUCUCCUAGACUAGAGCAAAAUACUACCAUGUUAAACCGAACCUCAUUAGAGCUCUAUCCAACUCAGUUCUCUAAUGUAUCUUAUGCAAUAUGCAUAUUUGAAGGAUAAUAAAACAAUAUACACUACCGGUCCAAAGUUUUAGAACACCUACUCAUUGAAGGGUUUUUCUUUCUUUUUUACAAUUUUCUACAUUGUUGAAUAAUAGCGAAGACAUCAAAACUAUAAAUAACACAUAUGUAGUAACCAAAAACUGUUAAACAAAUCAAAAUAUUUUAUAAUUGCAAUUCUUCAAAUAGCCACACGGUUUUGCCUUGAUGACAGCUUUCACACUCUUGCCAUUUUCUCACCUGGAAUGCAUUUCAAUUCUCUCAACCAGCUUCACCUGAGGUAGGAAUGCAUUUCAAUUAACAGGUGUACCUUAAGUUAAUUUGUGGAAUUUCUUUCCUUAAUGGAUUUGAGCCAAUCAGUUGUGUUGUGACAAGGAAGGGGUGGUAUACAGAAGAUAGCCCUAAUUGGUAAAAGACCAAGUCCUUAUGUGUAUUAACACUGUCAUUAACCACCCUGUCCUAGUGUGUAGUAACACUGUCAUUAACCACCCAGCUCAUUUGCACAUCAUCAUCUGCACAUCUAUCACUCCAGUGUUAAUGCUAAAUUGUAAUUAUUUCGCCUCUAUGGCCUAUUUAUUGCCUUACCUCCCUAAUCUUACUACAUUUGCACACACUGUACAUAGAUUUUUCUAUUGUGUUAUUGACUGUACGUUUGUUUAUCCCAUGUUGUAACUCUGUUGUUUUUUUGUCGCACUGCUUUGCUUUAUCUUGUCCAGGUCGCAGUUGUAAAUGAGAACUUGUUCUCAACUGGCCUACCUGGUUAAAUAAAGGUGAAAAAAAGAAAUAAACAGGAAAGGAAGAACCAGAGUUUCUUCUGCUGCAGAGUAUGAUUCCAUUAGAGUUACCAGCCCAAUAAAUGCUUCACAAAGUUCAAAUAACACACAGCAACUGUUUAGAGGAGACUGUGUGAAUCAGGCCUUCAUGGUUGAAUUGCUGCAAAGAAACCACUACUAAAGGACACCAAUAAGAAGAAGAGACUUACUUGGGUCAAGAAACAUGAGCAAUGGACAUUAGACCGGUAGAAAUGUGUCCUUUGGUCUGGAGUCCACAUUUUUGGUUCCAACCACCGUGUCUUUGUGAGACGUGGUGUGGGUGAACGGAUGAUCUCUGCAUGUGUAUUUCCCACCGUAAAGCAUGGAGGAGGUGUUAUGGUGUGGGGGUGCUUCGCUGGUGACACUGUCUGUGAUGCAUUUAGAAUUCAAGGCACACUUAACCAGCAUGGCUACCACAGCAUUCUGCAUCGAUUCGCCAUCCCAUCUGGUUUAUGCUUAGUGGGACUAUCAUUUGUUUUUCAACUGGACAAUGACCCAAAACACACCUCCAGGCUGUAUAAAGAUUAUUUUACCAAGAAGGAGAGUGAUGGAGUGCUGCAUCAGAUGGGCCUCCACAAUCCCCCAACCUCUACCAAAUUGAGAUGGUUUGUGAUGAGUCGGGCACCAGAGUGAAGGAAAAGCAGCUAAUAAGUGCUCAGCAUAUGUGGAAACUCCUUCAAGCCUGUUGUUAAAGCAUUCCAGGUGAAGCUGGUUGAGUGAAUACCAAGAGUGUGCAAAGCUGUCAAGGCAAAUGGUGGACAUUUGAAGAAUCUCAAAUAUAAAAUAUUUGUUUAACACUUUUUUGGUUUGUUUACUACAUGAUUCAAUAUGUGUUAUUUCAUAGUUUGAUGUCUUCACUAUUAUGUAUGUCCCCCCGACCAACCCCAUCCACUUGGGAUGACUUAAAAUCCAUAAAAAUAUACAAUGAUUGGAAAACACAUAAUUCAACAUUUGUAUAAAUGUAAUCCUCGGUUCAACAUCCUAACCAGCCAGAACACUGAAAAAUGACUGGCAAAUGCUUGCUAAUUAAUACCUGUCCUGUAGUAUUAAUUACUGGCUGUACAACCUGUGGUCCCGUGCCAGCAGCCACUAAGCACCAAGGCGGACCAACCAGUCAAAUAGUAAAGAAUAAUACACGUGGUCCUUUGGCAGUACAAACUUGUUAGUAUUUAACAUACUCACAGUAUGUUAGUAGGGUAUCCUAUUAAGACAUGGAAAGAGAGAGUUCAGUGUCUAGCCUUAGGUAGCUUGGCACCCAUGUUUUGAAUCCCACCGUCAAGAACUCCCUUAUAAUCUAGUCCCAAUUCCCGAAAUCACUUUAGCCUUAAACAAGCAAGCUGCGUCUCUCCAUUAACAUGUAAUAAUCUUUUUUUCACCUUUAUUUAACCAGGUAAGCUAGUUGAGAACAAGUUCUCAUUUACAAGUGCGACCUGGCCAAGAUAAAGCAAAGCAGUGUGACACAAACAACAACAGAGUUACACAUAGAAUAAACAAGCGUACAGUCAUUGACAUAAUAGAAAAAAAAAGACAGUAUAUAUACAGUGUGUGCAAAUAGCGUGAGGAGGUAAGGCAAUAAAAUAGGCCAAUCUCUUCCCAGCAUCACAGAUUGACACGGCAUUCCAGUUCUGACAGGAAUGGUCUGGUGUUUUUUUGUGACCUAUUUGUUGAUGACACAUUUGUCUCAUUCGAUGCUCUGAGGGUUGACCAUAAUAUUCCCAAUAGCCACUUUUUUAGAUACCUGUAAUCAGCUUUGCAGGUAUCGAGCCCACUAAAUAAAUAAAUCAAAUCACUAGGUGUCCAGUCGAGAGGUGCUUAGAUCUUAACCCGUAUCUAAAGGGCACAAUCUCCAGAUUAUAUGACAUAAUACAGAACAUUAAUCCGGCCUUCCUUGGCAAAUUUUUAAUCUGCAUGGGAGCAAGACAAGCUACCUGACGAUGUAUGGUAACAAACUAUUGAGUAUAUCCACAUCUCAUAAUUUUGCAUAAGGCAUGGGCUCAUUCAAUUAAACAUUUUGCACUGUCUCCAUUACUCAAAUGACAGAUUGGCAAAAAUAUAUCAAAAUAAUGACCAAGUGUUUGACAUGACACCAGUGUCCAGUGACUGUGGGACACAUUUUGGUCAUGCCAAUCUUUGAGUGGCUUCUGGGACCCCAUUUUGGGGCAUUCUCACAUAUGUGUAAUACAACUGUUAGCCUCAACCCAUUCACUGCCAUUUUUGGGGUACUUCCCCUAGACCAGAAUACUACCACACAUCAGGUGAAUGCAAUAGCAUUUGCCUCGCUGCUAGCUCGCCGCCUUGUCCUCUUUCAAUGGAAGUCUAUAAAUUAAAAAAUCUAUAAAUAAAGUACAAAAAAUUAACAAAUAAAAAUAAAGGGAUAAUGGCCACUGUGUUCUUGGGGACCUUCAAGGCUGCAGAAAUGUUUUGGUACCCUUCCCCAGAUCUGUGCCUCGACACAAUCCUGUCUCGGUGCUCUACGGACAAUUCCUUCGACCUCAUGGCUUGGUUUUUGAUCUGACAUGCACUGUCAACUGUGGGACCUUAUGUAGACAGGUGUGUGCCUUUCCAAAUCAUGUUCAAUCAAUUGAAUUUACCACAGGUGGAAUCCAAUCAAGUUGUACAAACAACUCAAGGAUGAUCAAUGGAAACAGGAUGCACCUGAUCUCAAUUUCGAGUCUCAUAGCAAAGGGUCUGAAUACUUACAUAAAUAAGAUAUUUCUGUUUAAAAAAAUAAAUUGCUAAAAAUAAAAUAAACUGUUUUCGCUUUGUCAUUAUCGGGUAUUGUGUGUAGAUUGAUGAGGAAAAAAGUGUUUAAUCCAUUUUAGAAUAAGGCUGUAAUGUAACAACGCGGAAAAUUUUAAGGGAUUUGAAUACUUUCCGAAUACAUUGUAAGUGCCUUACAAUGGGGUAUGGUAGUAGGUACAGGUGCACCAGUUUGUGUCAAGAACUGCAACCCUGCUGGGUUUGUCACGCUCAACAGUAUAUGUGCGUGCGUGUGCGCUUGCACACUCUGGAGCUGGUCCAGUGGCUGGUAUUUCUAACCCUGCUGUCAGGGCCUAGCUACAGUCAGACCGUGGGAAUGUGGUUAAGGAUUUCUGUGGUAUUUUUAAUGUUUGUUAUUAAAUACUCCCACAUGGGACCAUGACCAAACCCUCUGCUCCCCUCUCUCGCUCUCUCCUUCUUCUCUUCCUCCCCUACAUAUUUUUCUUUCCCGGGGAGGAAAAGCUCCCUGGAUCCGAUAACAGCGUGGCUCACGUUACCGUGGAGAUCCGGGAAGAGCAGCUGACAACUGUUACUGCAGCUGGAGAAGCGAAGCAUCCAUUGUCACUGCCAAUAGGCAGACUAUACUUUAUACCAGCCCCACCCUGCACACCAGCUACAAUAUACAGGUAACUGCCAAAAUAAAGGAAACACCACCAUAAAGGGUCUUAAAUGGCUUGGAGCCGCCAGACUAGCUUCAAUGCGCCUUGGUAUAGAUUCUACAAGUGUUUGGAAAUUCCAUAAUUUGGUAUUUUGUUGAUGGUGGUGGAAAACGCUUUCUCAGGCUCAAGUUUUACGUUGGUUUGAGAUCUGGUGACAGACAGGCACACACCCUAUGCUCCUUUUGAGACCCCUCUUUCAAAGUCACAGAGAUCUCUUCUAGCCUGGAUAGUAAAAAAUAAUAGUCAACUAGACAUUUUUUAUACAUGACCCUAAGCAUGAUGGGAUGAUAAUUGUUUAAGUAACUCAGGAACAACACCUGUGUGGAAGCACCUGCUUUCAAUAUACUUUGUAUCCCUCAUUUACUUGAGUGGUUCAUUUAUUUUGGCAGUUGCAGUACAUGUAGCUGCUAUAUCACUGGCUUGCACUGGGAGGAAUUUGUCAAAAAAUGUAUCUGUUUGUGAUACCAAAGCUGGACAGUUUCAGUUAUUUCAGCGAGACAUUUCCCACAUUACCCAAUGGGAUUCCCAUUUAGAUAUGGAGCAACAGGUGAUACUGUGUCCGUUAGCCAACGCUGAGCAGACAGAAUUGAACAAACAUCAGCAGCCUAUUUAGCCAGUGAGCGCCAACCAUCCUCUGAUGAAGGAUUGCAUGCACAGUUUUGCAUGUGUAAUUUAACAUUACUUCUGUUUCUAUCUUUUGCAUUACACUAUGACUCAUGAUACUCAUAUGAUCGUAAAUUCUUACUUGGCAUUUGUUAGUUUUGAAUUACAUGUGUACAAUAGCUGUUCUGGGUGAUCUAUGCUUUGCGGCGUAUUCCUCCCUCCUUGCAUGUUUAUAAGCAAAAUAUCAAUGAUUCCCUCUUUGUCUCUGUGGACACUCAAUGCCAGCCAUUAAUGUCCUUAAUCAUCCACUACUUUCCCCCCCCAACAUUUCCCCUCAACUAUCUAUUUUUAAGAAUGCAUGCAAGAGAGCAUUCACAGAGACAGAGAAAACGUCUUUUCCACACAAGCAGCCAAAUUUAUCCUUGUGGUUUUCCGUGUUUAUUUUCAUUUCUGGAAGGACAACAUAUCUGCGGGGAAACCAAAAGCUCAGGGCUGGUGCUUUCCCUCUAUGGAGUGUAACGCUGGUAAAAAUAGGACGUCUUUUUUGGGGGACUGGAAUUGGGAUUGAAAUGUGUAUCCCAGGGGUUUGCUCAGAUUGCAUGAUGGGGAAUCAUACUCUUCUCACUCCACAAAAAAUGGUAAAAAAAACACUCACCCUCAAGACAAUAGAAACUGGAACAUUGUAAUUGUCCAUUUGAUAUCCCAAUUAUUUAUUGUAUAACUGUCACGUAACUUUCAUAUGGAACAGCAGCUCUUUUUCCUCAAUUUCUCUCACUUGCACUGCUCUUCAUACCAGCUGAUUACAUGUUGACGGCUGUAACUGUAGGAAGUAUGUGUGGGUUGAGAGGAAUUCUGUCAUUGGAAAAUCCUCCUCUGCUCUGACUUUUGGUUUGAACUAUGUUAAAACUUCUUCGGGAUCAGUGUCCCUUCCAUGGGACGGUUGAGCUAACAUAGGCUAAUGCGAUUAGCACGAGGUUGUAAGUAACAAGAACAUUUCCCAGGACAUAGAUAUCUGAUAUUGGCAGAAAGCUUUAAAUUCUUGUUAAUCUAACUGCACUGUCUAAUUUACAGUAGCUAUUAGUGAUACCAUGCUAUUGUUUGAGGAGAGUGCACAAUUUUGAACAAAGUUAUUAAUAAACAAAUUAGGCAUAUUUGGGCAGUCUUGAUACAAAAUUUGGAACAUAAAUGCAAUGGUUCAUUGGAUCAGUCUAACACUUUGCACAUACACUGCUGCCAUCUUGUGGCCAAAAGGUAUAUUGCACCUGGGCUGGAAUAAUACAUUAUGGCCUUUCUCUUGCAUUUCAAAGAUGAUGGUACAAAAAAUACAAAAGAACGGUUGUUUUUUUGUUUGUUGUAUUUUACCAAAUCUAUUGUGUUAUAUUCUCCUACAUUCCUUUCACAUUUCCACAAACUUAAGUGUUUCCUUUCAAAUGGUAGCAAGAAUAUGCAUAUCCUUGCUUCAGGGCCUGAGCUACAGGCAGUUAGAUUUGAGAAUGUAAUUUCAGGCAAAAAAAAUUAAAAAGUGGCGGAUCCUUAUUCAUUUCAGGAAUCCAUGUCACAUUAAGCAGAGCAGCACAACAAAUGCCAAUAGACCCUGGAUAACUGGCAGUCUGGGACUGGCCGACUGUGUGCCAUGUUUACCUCUGAGUUAACAAAGGAGAAUUCUAUAGGAAUCAAAGGCCCAUUCCACUCUGUUAUCCAUAAUUAGAAUGCCUGUAGUCUGUGUGUAUGCCAGUGUCUGUCAAUGUGUCCAUCUGUCUGUCAGUGUGUCUGUCUCCUCUCUGUCCAGCUCCAAAUUGCAGACCAGCCUCCAAAGCCUGUCAUCAUAUCACUGCAGCGGCUGGGAGAUGGAGUGGAGAGAAGUGGCUGUCGCCGCUGGAUUGGUGGCUGGAUCUUCUGCCUGGAUAGAGGGAGCUGACACUGUACCUGCCUGCUGUGGACUGGAUAUGGCGUAGAGACACCCUGACACUAAACUAACUGGAUGUUCACCCUACGAACUGAUGGAAUCACGGCGUCGGGACCUACCGUAGACAAAGACCGACGGGACAGCUUUUUUUCAAGAGUGUCAGAGUCCUCGGUGUCUGCGCCACUGGGGUCAGUCCCCAUGGACCUGCGUGUGACGGAGCGUGUGAUGCGGCCGGGUUCGGACACAUCCCUGCUGACGCCCCUGCACCCCCCGCUGCUCCUCAGCCCCUUCUCCCCCCAGCCCGGCACCCCUUUCUCGCAGCAGCAGCUGCACCAGCACAUACGGUUCAACAUGGAACAACGGAGACGUGAGCAGGAGCAGGAGAAACAGCAAGAGCUGCAGCAGCUGUGGCACAAGGACAAGAGCCAACAGAGUGCCGUGGCCAGUUCCCUGGUGAAGCAGAAGCUCCAGGAGGUGAUUCUGAAGAAGCAGAAACAACAAGCCCUGGGAAGAACCAGCUCCAACCCUCUCAGUGGUCCCCCUGUGGGCUACAGGGAGCUGGUUCCAGACCCCAGUGGGCCGCCCCAGCCUCUAGUGUCCUCCCCCGCACAGGGUUCCAUUGACGGCUCAGAUGACACUCCUCUACGCAGGGCAGCCUCAGAGCCCAACCUGAAGGUGAAACACAAGCUGAAGAAACACCUGAACACUCGCAAGAGUCCUCUGACACGCAAGGAGAGUGCCCCGUCCCCCAUCAAACACCGGGUGCCCGACACUCUGGACUCGUCCCCCAGCAGCAGUAGCACACCAGUGUCUGGCUGCAGCUCGCCUAACGACAGUCUACCCAAUGAGAACGGAGUGCUGCAAUCUGUUGGCGGGCUGUCCCAUGAGGUUAUUAUCCGAUUGGCCCAGAGACUGCUGCUCCAGGAUGGGUCUCUAGCCCACUUCACCGUCCAGAGUUCCUCUGUCCUACCCACCAUCACCCUGGGCCUGCCAGCCAACGCCAGGAGUGAUGGAGAUUUGUCCCGUCUGAAGGUGGGCCGGGUGCCUAUGGUGGCGGGAGGCCAGUCUGUCUACCUUCCCCUGGGGACGGAGGAGCAGAGUGGGUCGCUGUCCCCUCACUUCCAGCCUGUCCUCAUCCUGGAGCCCUCCGGACUGGUGCACGCCCCAAUGCUCGCUGUUCCAGGCCUGGGCCCUGUUCCUCUGCAGUUUUCCCCCCAGACGGAUCAUCUGGCCCCGGAUGGGGGCCCUCACAAGCGUCUGAGCCGGACUCGCUCAGAGCCCCUGCCGCAGAGCCCCAGAUCCCUUCACCCCCAUCUGCUGCAGCAGCACCACGACAGCCAACUAUUGGAGAGACUUAAACAGCAGACACAUCUGGGAAAGCUGAUGUCUAAGACCAGUGAGAAGCCUCGUCUCAAACAGAUCCCCUCAGAAGACAUGGACUCUGAGGAGGUGGGGCCAGCGCCCAGCGACAUCUAUCAGGGCAGAGCAAGGGCGGAGUCACUGAGGGAGGCGGAGCUGGUGUCUGCGGCAGACAGCCGGGGAGGGCAGAUCAACCUGAAACACACACUCAUACUCAACCAGUCGUUGCUAUGGGAGAAACAGAAACAGCUGCAGCAGCUGCGUCGCCAGACAGCCCACAUGGAGACACUGGCGGUACCCAUUAUGCUUGGCGGUGCCCACCGCCCCCUCUCCCGUACCCAGUCCUCGCCAGCCUCCACAUCCCUCACGUUGCCAGACAUACCCCUACCCCUGUCCACCCCAGAACCACAGAGCAAACCACGCUUCACCACCGGUCUGGUUUAUGACUCUCAGAUGCUGAAGCACCAGUGCACAUGUGGUGACAACAGCAGCCACCCAGAGCAUGCUGGGAGGAUCCAGAGUAUCUGGUCACGUCUCCAGGAGAGAGGUCUCAGGGGCCAGUGUGAGACUAUCCGAGGUAGGAAGGCCACUCUGGAGGAGCUGCAGUCGGUCCAUUCAGAGCGUCAUGUCCUUCUGUAUGGCACCAACCCUCUCAACCGCCUCAAACUGGACAACCGCAAGCUGGCCGGCAUUCUCUCUCAAAGGAUGUUUGUGAUGCUGCCAUGUGGAGGAGUAGGGGUGGAUAAUGACACAAUCUGGAACGAGUCUCAUACAUCCACGGCAUCGCGCAUGGCUGCAGGCAGCGUCACAGAGCUGGCCUUCAGAGUGGCCAAACGAGAACUCAAGAAUGGCUUUGCAGUGGUGAGACCCCCAGGCCACCAUGCUGACCCCUCCAACCCAAUGGGUUUCUGCUAUUUCAACUCAGUGGCCAUUGCAGCCAAACAGCUGCAACACAAACUGAGUGCCAACAAGAUCCUCAUCGUUGACUGGGAUGUUCACCAUGGUAAUGGGACCCAGGAAGUGUUUUACAAUGAUCCCAGUGUGCUGUAUAUCUCACUGCAUCGCUAUGACGACGGCAACUUCUUCCCUGGCAGCGGCGGGCCGGCUGAGGUGGGAUCUGGUGCUGGAGAGGGCUUCAAUGUCAAUGUGGCCUGGACUGGAGGUCUGGACCCCCCUAUGAGUGAUGCUGAGUACAUCACUGCUUUUAGGGCGGUGGUGAUGCCCAUAGCUCAGGAGUUCUCCCCUGAUGUGGUCCUGGUCUCCUCGGGGUUUGAUGCAGCAGAGGGACACCCUGCACCUCUAGGGGGUUAUAAGGUCACCGCCAAAUGUUUUGGGUUCCUUACCCGGCAGCUGAUGGGUCUAGCUGGAGGCCGGGUGAUCAUGGCUCUGGAGGGAGGUCACGACCUCACGGCCAUCUGUGACGCCUCUGAGGCCUGCGUUAGUGCUCUGCUGGGUAUUGAGGACCCUCUGUCAGAGGAGGUGCUGCUGCAGAAGCCCAAUGCUAACAGUGUUCACUCGCUACUGAGAGUCAUACAGAUACAUGGUCAGUAUUGGCAGUCCCUGAAGCUGUUCAGUAGCUCUGUGGGACUGUCCUACCUGGGUGCUCAGAGGAGAGACUGUGAGGAGACUGAUGCUGUCAAUGCUCUGGCCUCUCUGUCUGUGGGGGUCCUGACCAGUAGGAGCCACCCAGACGAGCCUAUGGAGCAAGAUGAGGACUCCAUGUAGAAGAUGCUGACCUUUGACCUCACAGACCUCUCCUUCAGGACAUCCCAAUAGCCUUGGAGAUUCUUACCUGUCACACGACGAGGGGGAGGAGUGUAGAUUGUGGAUCUCUGCCUUAACCAAUGAGGCCCUAAAACCACACAGUGCCUCAAAGACCACCGUCCAUUCUCCUCAGACUAUAUGCAGAGCACCUUAACACAGUGAAGAAUGAACUCAACACAUUGGAACUAAUGUAGCCUUCUGACACCACACCAAAGUCCUGUCAGUGUAUAUGUGAGAUAAAAGAUGUUCUCAUACAACUGAUUAUGAAACUAACUCUGCCCAUGAUCUAGCCCCAGCAAUACAGAGUCAUUUAUAUUGUGUGUAUUCAGAAGGAUACCAGCACGGUGCCGUGAUAUUGACCACUUUUUGGCCUUUCAAAAAAAAAAACACUACAGACAUAAUAGGUCUUACUGAGGCACUUACAGUAAAGCAAUACUAGCACCAGGUCUGUGGGUGUCUGUUGUUGUGUCAGUGAGCAGAGCAGACACCAGUCAGUGGCUCUGAGGAUGGCCCUGGAGAGAGAGAGACCGAGACCGGCCAGCACCUGGCAACUGCUGAAUGGCUCAGUCAAUCCUUGAUGAUGUCAUUUAUAUUCAGUUUAACCACUAAAGAAGAAAAUGAAGAUGUGGUUUUAUCUGUCGUUUUUGCACUGUGCAUUCCAUAAUGUGAACCGUUGAAAAUUCCAAACCUCGGGGAGGGGGGGGGGGGGGCUCUAGAUUAUUUAAUUAUCUGUUCAACUUUGAGGAUUGGAAGAUAUUUUUCUCCUCUGAAAUCCACUCACAUUCUAAGAAGACUCAUGCAUGUAUACACAAAUUAGUAUUUCUAAGUGCAUUUGCAAAAACUUCCUGUUUGCCCAGAUUGUAUUCUGAUUAUUCCACUGCUGUUCUUAGACAAGUGUCUUUAUACAUUGUUCUCAUGGACACAUGUCUUUAUACAUUGUUCACAUGGACACAUGUCUUUAAACAUUGUUUGCAUGGACACACACACACACACAGUCAGAAAUGCAUUUCAUUCUCACACUAUUUCCCUUUAUGUUUUACUGACAUGAUGAGGACCAAACUGAAACAAAUAAACCAAUGAAUCUUAUGAAGAGCUGAAGACCUACCACUGUUUGGGAGGAAAUACUAAAUGUAUGUUAAUGAGGGCUAUUGUAUAGUUUUAUUAUGCUAGUCAAAGGCUCUAAUGCACUUAAUGGACAUCUCCCAAAGAAAACUGUCUUAAAUAUGUCUGCAGUAUGACCGUAUUACUGCAGUUGGACCAGUGAGGUUACUGUGUUAAGUUGAUGUUUGUUUUUUCAGGACCAGCAUUUUGACCUGUAGACAUGCCUAUUUUAUUGUGUACAUUAAUUUCACAGUUCAGUUGCCUUGUUAUUAUCCACAAGCAAGUCGAGCUCAAUACGGUUGGUUAUAUCAAGUAGAGCUCAAUACGGUUGGUUAUAUCAAGUAGAGCUCAAUACGGUUGGUUAUAUCAAGUAGAGCUCAAUACGGUUGGUUAUAUCAAGUAGAGCUCAAUACGAUUGGUUAUAUCAAGUAAAGCUCAAUACGGUUGGUUAUAUCAAGUAGAGCUCAAUACGGUUUGGUUAUGUCAUGUAGAGCGCAAUACGGUUGGUUAUAUCAAGUGGAGCUCAAUACGGUUGGUUAUAUCAAGUAGAGCUCAAUACGGUUGGUUUUUUCAAGUAGAGCUCAAUACGGUUGGUUAUAACAUGUAGAGCUCAAUACGGUUGGUUAUAACAAGUAGAGCUCAAUACGGUUGGUUAUAACAAGUAGAGCUCAAUACGGUUGGUUAUAACAAGUAGAGCUCAAUACGGUUGGUUAUGUCAUGUAGAGCUCAAUACGGUUGGUUAUAUCAAGUAAAGCUCAAUACGGUUGGUUAUAUCAAGUAGAGCUCAAUACGGUUUGGUUAUGUCAUGUAGAGCUCAAUACGGUUGGUUAUAUCAUGUAGAGCUCAGUACGGUUGGUUAUAACAAGUAGAGCUCCAUACGGUUGCUUAUAUCAAGUAGAGCUCAAUACGGUUGGUUAUAUCAUGUAGAGCUCAAUACGGUUGGUUAUAACAAGUAGAGCUCAAUACGGUUGCUUAUAUCAAGUAGAGCUCAAUACGGUUGGUUAUAUCAUGUAGAGCUCAAUAUGGUUGGUUAUAACAAGUAGAGCUCAAUACGGUUGCUUAUAUCAAGUGGAGCUCAAUAUGGUUGGUUAUAUCAAGUAGAGCUCAUACGGUUGGUUAUAUCAAGUAGAGCUGAAUACGGUUGGUUUGGUGUGUUAUUCUAUGUGAAAACCUUCUUUAUGGACCAUCCAACAGACUAUUACUGUUAGCACUAUGGAGAUGUUGCUUUAUGAUGGUGCAUACUUCUCCUAUAGACCUUGUGGAUCGAUCUCCACUCGAAUGUAUGAUACAGUACUUGAUAUCAUGCUGAUUAUUCAUUUUCAGAUAUACUGUACCUAUACCCAUCCACGCUAAGCCUGCUCCAAACUGAAACUAGUUUGUGAGAAUUCCUCAAGCCUAUUUUGUGUGUUCAUGAAAUGACAUCCAACGUAGAUCGUUUUUGUUGUGAGUUGAAAUGUUUACCACAUUCCACUUUCCACAGUUCCAUUUUCUACAUUCAUUCUAGAUGUUAUGUAGUUUGUCUUAAUGAGCAUUUCAUCUAGAUUGCGCUUAUUGUUGGAAGCUAUUCGGUGAAUGAAAAGAAACUGGCCACCAUCAAAUUCAGAAGACAUAGUUAUGAAAUGUGUUUUAAGAUUCACAAUAUUAUUUUGUAUAUGACCCCAUACCUCUGGAGUGUGGCUAAAUGUUUAAAUGUUUAAAUGUAUCAUACGCUCUCUAUUACUGCGUAUUAUUGUGUUUUCCAUGUUGAAGAAGUCAUACUCUUUUUUAUACAAAAUCAAAGAGAAGAGUGAGAGAGCAUCCACUUCUGUCUAAAACAAUAUUUACAAGGCAUCUUUUGAAAGGAACAUGCUCUCUGUGCUGGUGCUCCGACUGGUGAUACACAUCAACGUUGUCUUAACUAGACAUUCUUCUCUAACCUCAGCUGCAUCCUCACCCCUAGUUGGCAUUGAGAGAGGGAGAAUGGUAACCAAGUCUUUUAGCCCUUUCCUCUUAUACUCUGUACCAACCACUGUGGAUAGCUAUGUGUGUCUAGGAGACCAUGUAUGUGCAAGAAAGUAAUAACUAUUGCCAGUUUUCACUGUGCAUUAUUAAUUAUUGUUUGUACUAGUUAUAUGUUUUGUUUUCAAGACUCUGGGCAAUGUUUGCCCAUAAGGUCGCCACAAAGACUAUAAAAUUAAAAUUAAAUAGAAGCAGCCACCAUCAUUCAAACGCUCUUAGAACUGACAGUGACUGUGUUGUGUCUGUCUCUUAGAACUGACAGUGACUGUGUUGUGUCUGUCUCUUAGAACUGACAGUGACUGUGUUGUCUGUCUCUUAGAACUGACAGUGACUGUGUUGUGUCUGUCUCUUAGAACUGACAGUGACUGUGUUGUCUGUCUCUUAGAACUGACAGUGACUGUGUUGUGUCUGUCUCUUAGAACUGACAGUGACUGUGUUGUGUCUGUCUCUUAGAACUGACAGUGACUGUGUUGUGUCUGUCUCUUAGAACUGACAGUGACUGUGUUGUGUCUGUCUCUUAGAACUGACAGUGACUGUGUUGUGUCUGUCUCUUAGAACUGACAGUGACUGUGUUGUGUCUGUCUCUUAGAACUGACAGUGACUGUGUUGUGUCUGUCUCGUAGUGCACCAGUGGGUAUCUGUUGUCUAUGAAGGGUUUAACUCUGUUAGAGUUAAAGUGUUUUGAAUACUGUACAUUAGCUCUCCUGUAAAGUUUUCCAGGGGUCUAUGGGCCACGCUCAUUUUGUCUUAGUGGCCAGUGGGCCACUCCUCUCCAUUUAUUUUUAUGUUGUCCUUUUUAUGAUCUACUUCUUGUCCUUUUUAUGAUCUACUUGCUAAAGUCACUGUAAAUAGAUACUCAAGACCAAAAAUGUAUCACACAUGUGCCUUGAAUCAUGUAUUGGUAGCCUUCACUAACAAGUUUAGAAUAACAAAAAAUGACAUUGAAUCUUUUUUCAUACUUUUAUUUCACCUUGUUUGUUUGCUCCAUAUUAACUAUGUAUGUAUAGAAAGAAUGUCUAUUUUGUACUGUUUUUCUCUUAAUUAAAAUUGAAAAUGUUGUGUGUGUG